AUGGAGAUCCUUGACGUGGUAGUUGUUGGAGCAGGUUGGGCUGGGCUGGCUGCGGCCAAGACUCGCCAUCAGUUACACCCUGAAGAAUCUUUGGCGGUCUUCGACUCAGCUGCUACACUUGGUGGAACCUGGGCGAAACAUCGCCUCUAUACAGGCCUGAAAACCAACAACAUGCUGGGUACUUACCAGUACCCUGAUUUUCCCAUGGACACGGAAACUUAUGGUGUCAAGCCUGGUCAGCACAUUCCUGGCCAGAUAGUACACAGAUACCUGGAGACCUAUGCUCGACACUUUGAUGUAUAUGACAAGAUCCGAUUUGAGCACAAAGUAGAGACAGCAGAACACCAAGAUAACGGCGGUUGGAUCCUAACGGUAAAGGACAUCAAAGCUGGUGAUAGUAUCAAGAUCCAAGCCAGAAGACUGGUUCUCGCGACAGGUCUCACUUCAGAACCCUUUCUACCAAUCUUCCAGGGCCAAGAGGACUUUGGAGCUCCCAUAUUUCAUGCAAAAGAGCUGCGCAACCAUGAGGAUACAUACGGAACGGCCAAAUCAGUGACAGUAUUUGGAGGGACAAAGUCGGCUUGGGAUAUGGUAUAUUUACAUGCCACCAAAGGUAUUCGAGUGAACUGGGUUAUUCGAGAAUCUGGCCAUGGCCCUUCUUGGAAUGCUCCUCCUUAUGUCACGCCUCUCAAGAAGUGGCUCGAGAAACUCGCCCAUGUAAGAAUGUUGACAUGGUUCAGUCCGUGCAGCUGGGGUGCAGCAGAUGGUUACGUGAAGACUCGCAACUUCUACCACGGAACAUUCAUUGGAAGAGCUAUUGUCGACAAGUUCUGGAGUAUCCUUGGCAACGACGUUAUCACGCUCAACAAAUACGACUCUCACUCUGAGACGGCCAAGCUCAAACCCUGGUCCAAUGCCAUGUUUGUGGCGACGAGUAUAGGCAUUCUCAACUACGAGAAGGACUUUUUCGAGGUUAUCAAGGAAGGGUUGGUCAAGAUACAUAUUGCUGAUGUUGAACGGUUGAGUAAGCAGAUAGUGCACUUGUCUGAUGGCACGGCAUUGCAUACGGAUGUGCUGUGCUGUGCAACGGGCUGGAAACAUGUUCCUCCUAUCAGAUUCCUCCCCGAAGGUAUCACUGAGGAUAUUGGGAUGCCUCAUACGCCGUCACCGAAUUCGUUCCCUUACGCUUCAAUACUCGAUCAGGUCGAUAAGGAGAUCUUCGACAAGUUUCCUCGUCUCAAGGACCAGCCCAUACAGAAAGUGCAAAAUAGCAAGUAUCAUGCACUACUAGAGGACAAAGGUCUCUCUAGUAAUGACGAUAUCACGCCAUCGACAGAGCUGACACCCUACACGCUAUAUCACUUCAUUAUCCCUCCUUCAAGUCAGUUCCUCAAGACCCGAGAUAUUGCUUUCGUGGGAAUGGUAGUCAACUUCAGCCACCCCAUGGUUUCCCAUGUCCAAUCGCUCUGGAUGAAUGCUUUCUUCGAUGAAAUGAUUCCAUCUCUGCCUCGAAAUCCCUCACCAGAGUUUGUGUCUCGAUUCCAGCAUAAGGCAGUGCUUCAUAGUCGGUUCGGAAAAUGGAGAUACCCAAGUGGUUUUGGCCACAGCUUUCCAGACUUUGUGUUUGAUGCUGUUCCGUAUCUGGACCUGCUGCUCAAGGAUUUGGGUUUACCGAUAUACAGGAAGAAUGGUGCAUUUUCUGAGAUGACGGAUCCAUAUGGGCCAGAGGAUUACACGACAGUCGUCGAUGAGUGGAAGGCAAAGCAAGUUGAGCCAGAAGCUCCAUGGCUCAUCACCAUCUAUGCCACGUCUAAUAAGAAGUUCAACUCGAGCACUCUCUUCAACUACAGCAUCUCCAAGAAAAUCCUUGGCCUCUCAGAAGAAGAACACGAUGCCCUCGUCUCUAAACGCAACUGGCUGACCUCUCACUCCAUUCCUAUUCCCCAAGAUGCGUUCGAAACUCAGAUCUCAAUUCCAAAGGGAUAUUAUACAUUAUUAGCAACAUUUGUCUUUGCUCAGUCAGAGGCUGGGACUGCAGUCUGCAUCUCGCCCGAUGGCGUCCUCCUCACCUGUGCACACUGCGUUGCAGAAGAGCCCUCUGAGCUCACAGCAUAUACGUCGUACAUCCUCCUAUCAUCACAUGGGAACGUUGUUUCAGCGAAAGUGGUAGCUUGGGAUCUAAUACGUGAUCUCGCUUUACUUCAGAUCGACAAAGCCGAGCGUUUACGCCGACCGUUUCCCUGUGCCCGUCUCGCGACCUCGCCUCCAAAGUUCAACACUGAGCUACUAUGCAUCGGCCAUCCGGGCUCCGAAGACCUCGAGGCUGAGCAUAGUGGUGUAAAGACAGACUACGACACGCUCGUUCUCACCGAGGGGACUUUCCGUGGUCUAGAUAAGAAUCAGGAUCCGCAGGACAACAGCGACAUCGGCGCUCUUAAGCAUAGCUGCUGGACGUACUGGGGACACAGCGGUGCAGGAUUAUUUGAUCGGAAGACGGGGGCGUUAGUAGGUGUCCAUUCGAGCUGGGACGACAAGACAGGCAUGAGGAGGGGAGUGCCAUUAGAAGCAGUGGUUGCCUUCGUCAAAGAGGUUGAAGCGAGCAAGAGGGAAGACUUUGCAGAGAAUUGGCGACGGUAUGUGUGGCGGGAGCCAGAGCCCACCACUAUGCUCAGAGAUUGA